AUGUCCGCUCCGCCCUCUCCCGUGUCCAUGCGGCCCUUGCGGUCAGCUCUGAAGGACGAGUCGGAGAGGACUACGCCUGUGGGUGGCUCCAACAAAGCUGUGCAAAUAUCCGAGCCUGACCUGACCACGCCCGAGGAGCCCCAAACCAGGAAGCAGUAUCCUGCCAGCAAGGCCAGACGCCUCAGUGGACGCCUCCCUGUCACCUCGGCGAAUGCUUCUCGGUCGUCUCUGAUAAGUCAGAUGAGCCUUGAGAACCUCACUGCUCUAGCAAGCUCCGCAUCUCCCGCCGCAACGCCCGAGGACGGCAAUUCGCAUCAUCACCACCACCCUCACUAUCAGCACAAGAUCGACAGGAUCAGCGAGAAGCUCCUCACCCAGGUUGCCGAGUGGCUCCAGCACGAGAGAGCGAAGAAGGAGUCCAGGAGAGACAAGAAGCUCUCGAGAAAGAAGGCCAAGGAGCAAGCCAGCAAGGAGUCUACCGCCAAGGGUGCAGACGACUCUUCGCUGUUCCGGGUUGCAUCUCACGAUUCGCAUUCCAGUGAGGUUUCCCUCGACCGGCUCCAGCACAUCAUCGAGGACAGCAUGGCUGCACUCGGCCUAGACGCCCUGCCGGCGCCCAAGCUUGGACGCCGUCACAAGAAGCACCGGUCCAUACAACUGCACCGUACUGUUUCCGCGUCUGACACCGAGUACCAAGAUGGAGAGCCCCUUGUCCCCAGCUGCGACGCUGUGCUCGACAACUCCAAGACGAUGAGCUACAGUGGUGGUGGCGUGGCCAGUGAGGAUCCCGAAAUGUCUUCGACGCGCCGGGAGGAGAAGGAGCGAGAGGCCUGGAUCAUCUUCAAGAACGACAUUCUCCGUCUGGCACAUACCCUGCGCCUCAAGGGCUGGAGAAGAGUUCCCUUGGACAGCGGCGAGACCAUCUCGGUCAAGAGGCUGAGCGGUGCCCUGACCAACGCUGUCUACGUCGUCGCACCGCCGCCCGAGGUGGUUGCCAGCACGCCGGAGGGCAAGCGCCCUCCUGCUAAGGUGCUCUUGCGGGUGUAUGGCCCGCAGGUAGAGCAGCUCAUUAACCGUGACAGCGAGCUGGCAGUGCUCCGCCGGCUCGCGCGCAAGAGGAUCGGCCCUCGUCUGCUCGGGACGUUCAAGAAUGGCCGGUUCGAGCAGUUCUUCAACGCCAUCACCCUCACCCCGACUGACCUGCGCAUCCCCGACACGUCUAAGCAGAUUGCCAAGCGCAUGCGUGAACUCCACGACGGCAUAGAGCUCCUGGACGAGGAGAUCGCGGCUGGCCCGGCAGUCUUGCAGAACUGGGAUCACUGGCAGGACGUCGUCGAGAAGAAGAUCAGCUUCCUGGACGACCAGAUUCGCUCGGACGAGGAGGCUGCUGGGCCGGACACCAACGGACUGCCGGCCGAUGCGUGGAGAGCGCGAGGACCAGUGUGCGGUGUCGAAUGGCCCAAGUUCAAGGCCAUGGUCAGCCAGUACCGGCACUUCCUGAACGAAUUCUACGGCGGCGAGAGGAAGCUCUGCGAGAAGCUCGUUUUCGCGCACAACGAUACGCAACACGGAAACAUCCUCCGUAUCCAGCCAGACGACGAGAAAUCGCCCCUCAUGCAGCCCGCCAAGCAGCACAAGCGGCUCAUCGUCAUCGACUUCGAAUAUGCCGGGCCCAACCUGCCCGGCCUGGAAUUUGCGAAUCACUUUACCGAGUGGACGUACGACUACCUGAGCCCCGUCGCCCCCUACGCGUGCCACACGGCCCUGUACCCGUCCGUCGAGGAGCAGCGCCGCUUCAUCAAGGCCUACGUCGAGCACAGACCGGACUACGUCUACCCGGGCUCGGCGACGCCCAAGCUCACGCCGCUGGCCACGCCGACGCCCGGCAGCGCCGCCAGCACGCCGGCGCUGCAGACGGCCAGCUCGACGAGCUCCAUCGUCGAGUUCAUGCUCGACGCCCGCGUGCCCCCCGGCGGCUGGGGCGCGCAGGAGAAGAAGCUCGAGGAGGAGUCGGAGAGGCAGGUCAAGGAGCUGAUGCACGAGACGCGGCUGUGGCGGAUCGCUAAUAGCGCCAUGUGGGUGGCCUGGGGCAUCGUGCAGGCCAAGAUCCCCGGGCUGAAGCUCGAUGGGGAUGGGGAGGACGAAGAAGAAGACGGGCUGGACGACGGGGUUGCUAAGAAUGGGCGGUGCGGAGACGGAGGUGAAGCUGCGGCUGAGCAGCGGCAGCAGCAGCAGCAGCAGCAGCAGCAGCCCUCUGGUGGACAGGAGGAGGCUGUCAAGAAGGAGACGUACUCUGAGAAGAACGGCGACGACGACACUGUUCGGGAAGAGGAACAGGCCGAGGAGGAGGCGGACGAGUUUGAUUAUAUCAGUUAUGCGCAGGAGCGGGCCUGGUUCUUCUGGGGAGACUGCGUGCUGAUGGGCCUGGUCAAGAAGGAGGAUCUGCCGACCGAGUUGCAGGCCAGGCUGAAGCUGGUCAACUACUAG